AUGGGCUCGAUAACGGACUAUGCUUUCACAACGGACUAUGCUUUCACUGUCUAUCGUGGCACAUUCAUUCAAUCAAUUCUACCAGAUUUGGGUUCAAAGCCUGAAUUGUCUCGCAACCAAGGCGCGUUAUGGGUCUCCGCUGCUGAUGGCCGCAUCCAAGGCUGGGACUGGGAAGCUAGUGAUGAGAAUGGUUUCACCGAAUUGAUGAACCGGAGUGGAUGGGUUGAUAUUGAAGCUAUUGCGACCCAGGACCAAGUCAAUGGUCAUGAUUCGAAAAUUAGAGUUAAGAUUGUUACUGCGAGUGAGGAAGAAAACGAGUUCUUCUUCCCCGGUUUUAUUGACACACACAUUCAUGCCCCACAGUACCCUAACGCGGGCCUGUUCGGCUCAUCAACACUUCUAGACUGGCUAGAGACCUACACAUUCCCAGUAGAGUCACGGUUUGGGUCCCCACCAGACCCCAAAACAGGCCACCAGACCCAAACCGACCCCAAAGACACACCCCUCCUAGCCCAGCAAAUCUACGACCAAGUAAUCUCCCGCACUCUAUCCCACGGCACAACCUGCGCCUCCUAUUAUGCAACAACCCAUGUCCCAGCAACAAACGCCCUAUCAUCCCUCUGCCACAGCCGCGGCCAACGAGCCUUCAUCGGCCGCGCAUGCAUGGAUAACCCAGACUUCUGCGUAGACUACUACCGUGACUUCAGCGCUGAUGACUCAAUCGUCGCAACCCGCCAAACAAUCGAAUACAUCCACACCCUGGACCCGGACGGCAAGCUUGUCAAGCCAAUCAUCACACCGCGCUUUGCGCCUUCAUGCACGAGACCUGCACUGCAGAGCCUCGGCAAGUUAGCUGCAAGUUACUCGCCCCCGCUGCAUAUCCAGACGCAUAUCUCGGAGAAUAUCAACGAGCUCGCGCUCGUCAAAGAACUCUUCCCUGAGGCGGACAGUUAUGCCGCCGUCUAUGAUAAAUACAACCUCCUCACAUCACGCACAAUCCUCGCGCAUGCGGUUCAUCUCACCGCGGAUGAGCGGGCUUUGAUCCGCACGCGCGACGCGAAAGUCUCACACUGCCCGGCGUCGAACUCGGCGCUGGGGUCUGGGAUUUGUCCUGUUAGGACGCUGCUUGAUGAUGGUAUCACGGUUGGUCUGGGUACGGAUGUUAGUGGUGGGUAUAGUCCUAGUAUUCUUGAGGCGGCCAGACAGGCUUGUCUUUCCUCGAGGUUGUUAGGCCACUCGGCUGCAUGGCAAAAGGAUCAUCCUCAGGGUGAUGGAUGGGAGAAAUUGUCUGUUCCCGAGAGUCUUUACCUUGGUACACGCGGUGGCGCGGCAGUUGUUGACAUGGCGAGCGAUCUUGGUGGCUUUGAUAUGGGGAUGUUGUGGGAUGUGCAGUUGAUUCGGCUUGGUCGGGUUAAGCUGGUGGAGAAGAGUCCGCUGGAUGGUGUUGUUGAUGGUAGUGUGGAUCUUGUUAAGGCUGGUCCUGUCGGAAAUGUUGAUUUGUUCGGGACGGAGAGUUGGGAAGAGAAGAUCCAAAAGUGGGUUUGGAGUGGUGAUGAUCGGAAUGUGAAGGCUGUCUGGGUUGGGGGGAGGUUGGUUCAUUCAAGGGUUUGA